AUGGAGAAGGAAGCCAUGGCGGGGCAUGUGAUGGUGCCAUUGCAGAGCUUGAGCCUGGAGCUCCCGGAUGCGGAAAUUGUAGUGGGCUACAACAAGGACACCUCAGCUCUGCAAGAGGAGAUUUCGACUCUGCGAUCAAGGCAGCGACAUCUUGACAGGAGAAGACGGGAGGCGCUCGACAGGCUCAUUGACCUGAAAGGAAGUAUUAGGGUCUUCUGCCGGGUACGUCCGCUGGUCCAUACGAACAACUUGAAUGCCAAAUCACCAGUUACUGUUGAACAAGAAAAGAUUGCAGUCAGGUCAGUUGGAAUCAAGAAAGAGUUCAGUGUUGAUAGGGUUUUUGGUCAGGAGUCCACACAAGAGGAUGUUUUUCAAGAAGUAAAACCGAUCCUCAGAUCUGCACUUGACGGGCACAAUGUCUGCAUUCUCGCUUAUGGCCAGACUGGGACAGGAAAAACGUACACAAUGGAAGGAACUGACGGUAAGCUCGGUAUUGUGCCUCGAGCUAUCCAAGAACUGUUUUCUCAUGCUUCAGAAGACAGUUCAUCCACAUACUCUUUCUCCAUAAGCAUGCUUGAGGUCUACUUGGGGAGUCUCAAGGACUUGUUGGCACCAAGGCAGCCUCUCUUCAGGUCAACAGAAUGUAACACAGCAUGUAAUCUCAGCAUACUAGCAACAAAAAGUGGUGCUGUGGAAGUUGAGGGGCUGACAGAUGUCUCAAUACCGGACCUGAAGAAAGCCAACCAGUGGUACUGUAGAGGACGGCGAGCCCGAUCAACAUCUUGGACAAAUGUCAAUGAUGUCUCGAGCCGGUCGCAUUGCUUGACAAGGAUUACCAUAAGGAGGCAUGGAGCCACUGAAGAAGUCAGCAAGCUCUGGCUCAUCGAUCUUGGUGGCAGCGAGCGGUUGCUGAAGACUGGUGCAUCUGGGUUGACAAUGGAUGAGGGCAAGGCCAUAAACCUCUCCCUAUCAGCACUUGGAGAUGUCAUUGCUGCACUUAGGAGAAAGAGGAGUCAUGUUCCUUACAGAAACAGCAAGCUUACCCAGAUUCUCAGUGACUCGCUUGGUGACGGUUCGAAAGUUCUAAUGGUGGUGCACAUCAGCCUUUCUGAGGACCAUGUUGGUGAGACGGUCUGUUCCCUGAACUUUGCGAAACGAGCCAGAUCAAUUGAAUCAAAUAGAGAAAUUCCAGAAGAUCUGAAAAUGUUGAAGCAGAAGCGGCUCACAGAGCUUGACAAGGAAAUCUGCAAUGCUGAGGAAGAGUUGAAGUAUCUCAAUGAACAAAUAAGGAGAGCAGAGAUCUCACUUGAAGAGAAGAAGAAGCUCAGUUCAUCUAUUUGUCAGGCUCUUAGUGAUGAGAAGGGGUCACCAAGAAGCACUCUAGUGGUAGGCCACAUUGAUGUCACAGAGAGCCCACACGCAACAGAGCAGGCAAAGAGCAGGCUAUCUCAUGGUUCAGCUCCUCACUUCAUGUCUUCGACGGUGUGCAGCCGGCAAAGACAUAGUGCGGGAAGCCAUUUUGUUAGUAAGCCAAGGCUGACAAAGUCAGUAAACAGAUAUCCAGCUGAGCUGAGCGGGAGCCAGUCAUUCAGCUACUCAAGCUGCAAGAAUGCAGCCAAGGCUAGGUCAGUGGCAUUCUCAUCCAGUGUGCCCAAGAUGAAGUGCUUGCCAGUCAAGUCUGAUCAGAUCAACAUAAGUAACAACAGCAUCGACUCGACAGCUGCAUCAGCACCACGGCGGAGGGAAAGCUUUGGCUCCAGACCGGUUCAAAGAGCACCCCUACAUCAGCACAGGAGAAGGAUGUCUAGCCUAACAUAG